UAUUCUUCUAAACCGUGGAAGACAGUUACUCGUCGUGCUUAUUCCGUUGCUACAGGUCGAGCGUUGCUUUCCCUCAGUUAACGCCCGUCUGAUUUCCCUUAGCUGCUGCUCACCAACUGAAAAUAUCUCCCGCUUGGUUUCGCGUGAUGUAAAUCCCUCUGGCGCCCCUGCUCUCUGGACCGCACAGAUAUUCUAUCUGGUCUUACUCCUACGCUGUUAUUUGAUCUCGCCUCCUUCAGUUUGCCCGGCGCCUAGGACUCUGCCGUGCGGCAGAUAAUCCUUUUCCGACGGCAAAGGCUUAGGAGUUUGGAUGGCGUAUGAGCUGCUGCAAUGGAUAUCCAGACUUAGGGUUGAUUCUGAUUUCUGCACCAGUUUCACUCUGUUCUCCAUCUGUUCUACUACGCAUUAAUUUGAAUACACCUUCCGGUAUUUUCACCCCCUUCUUCCUAUACCAUAUUUCUUCAGUUUUUUGGUGACAUGAUUUCUAUUUCCUUUCGAUUCUCAUUAAUCAUAUUUUUGGAUAUGUGUUUAUGCGGCUGAAAUGUCAUUUGUCAAUUGUAUGUCACACAGAAAAGUUUCUGGUAUUGUAUUUUCAGAUUAUGAUUGUUUUCCUAUUUUGAUAUGUCUUAUUGAGGAUAUUGGAUUUGCAAUAACUCAUGUUUAUUUUGUGUAGGCCUGGUAAUCUUCUCUGGUUAAAUCUCUCGAUCCCCUUACUUCAUUUGAUUUUUUCUUCUAAAUUUUAUGUCAACAAUCAAUUUUGUUUUGAUUUCUUGCAGAUUCAGGUAAGCUUCCAUUUGUUUUUUCCUCAUUGAAUUUACUUGUGAAUUAUCUUCUUGUAUUGGAUUUUUAUUUCAAUAGUCCAAAUGAAUUUCAAAGUUGUUGAAUCUCAUAUUGAUAGAGCAUGUAGGUUCUGCUUAAUUGCUUUUGGGGAUUGAUAUUGGUUCCAACUAUUUGUUGGAGAGGAUCGUAUCUUUAUAUUAUCUAUGUACAUGUUUCAAGAUGGAUGUUGGAAGGAUGCAAAUGCAGGCUUUACUUGGCUUUAAUACUCUGAAGAAAAUUGAGUUGAUGAGGCAAUUGUUGGUAGUAUUUAUUGUGCUUUUAACUGAUUAAUAGCCUAUUUGAGAAGUUUUUGCUGCAGCUUUUUCUUUUUGUGGUAACUUAUAGUCUCUCCAGAUGUUUCAGGGCUGUUAACUCACUAAUACUUGGUAGUUCUCUAUUUUGGUGCAUCUAAACAUAUUUACCUUGAUUUCUAGCUCAAUACCAAUGAGACAAAGGUCUGUCACAUUUUUAUUAGCAGCUAUGACCGGUUAUUGCAGGGUUUUUGUGAGCUCGAGACUUAGUUAAAUGUUCGGAGACCUCCAAACAUGCAUCUUCCCUUCUCUCGCAUGCCUACCUCUCACAUACUCGGAUUUUAUAGCGUCUUUCAUUUACUCCACCAGCGGGUAAAUGGUCGUGAACGUACAUUGUCGCUAGCAAGCCAGUGCUCCAAACUACUCAACCUUGAACUACUUACUUAAUUGAUGUUAGUAGAUCAGUUUUGUUUUACUGUAACAAAGACUACUUAGAAUUAAUGAAAUAUCUUUUCAGGUAAUUUUUAAUUCCUUAUAACUAAUACUUGUACUACUUAAACAUUUGCUACUUGACAUACGUAUAUAUAACCUAAUCAACUAAGUUUAAGAUUUACUUUAGCUAUUGUUAUAACAAGUACGUAUAAACCUAAUCAAAGGGUUUUAAAGUUUGUUAUUUUUAUUCUGUUUGAUUUUAGAUUUUGGAAAUGGAAAGGUGUUUAGUAGCUAUGUUUUUCUAACUGUUUUUAUUUUCUAAAUCUUUUCUAAAAAGGUGAUUUUGACUGAAAUCAUAUUAAAUUCUUUUAUAGUAAAAUAAAUUUGAUUACAGUUCCAAAAUUAGAGGCUAAAGACAUAGUAUUAAAACUUAGAUAUGAAAUGAAUCCUGAUUCCAGACAUUUGAAUCACAAUUGAUUUUAAGUAGGGGACUUCUUUCAAACCACGUAGUAAAAUUAAGUGAUAAGUACUUAUAAUCCAGGUACUAUUAAGCAGAUGAGUUCUUUUAAAUCACUUAGUAAAAUUUGAAAAGAAAGAAGUCACCUGGUACUAUUAGAGGCAUCAAACAUACUUAACAUCUAUACACCUAUCUCAAUUUAGAUACACCUAAGUACAAGACUGCUUUAAAUCAGGCCAAUUUCACUCAAUGAGAAAUUUUUCCUACUCUUAAUGAAAUGUUUUUUCUGAAUUGGAGUUAUGCUUGCUUACUGCUGUUAUGCUCUUUGAACUUUGUAAGUUUACUAAUGUUUUGUUUGUUGCAUAGUAGAGACAUAAGAAACUGUAGUGAUUGGUCUUUUCAACAUGAUCUUUUUUGGUGCUCCUGGGGGUAGCAGAGGCUCUGCAGAAUUUGAAACUCUGACUCUUGGGUCUUUGCCACCAACUCUGCAAGGUAUGAAGGUUUAUCUUAAUGAUGAAAAAGAGUUAAUCUUGGAGCCAUCAUUCAAAUGGGCAGGGAAUCCUAAUAUUACUUUGCUUUUUAAGCAUUUGGAUUAAAAGCAACUGCCAGAUUUUGCAAUCGUCAUGAAUACGAGUGCUUGAUUUUUUGCUAAGUCUUGAUAAACAACUAACUGAUUGCUGGAUUUUUCAGCUUGUAGAGUUUUAGAUCUUUACAGCACCACGCAUUACCCUGAAACCUUUGGUCUCAAGCUUUCCAUGUUUCUGCAAAAAAAUUGAGUCACUUAUGGAUAAGGUAAUCCUGAGUCCCGACUGACACUUUGUGCUACUUGUCAUGCCAGUAUGCUCCUAGAAAAUAGAAGCUUAUGUUCAUAUUGGUGGUAGCUAUUCAGAGUUAAACAAAUCAGAAGAAAAACACCACUACAUAUGUAUCCCAAUCUAUUUACAGGUAGCCGGCCUACAGGGUAAGUAAAUAGAUCUUGCAAUAACUUCUUCUUAAGAAGAUAUAUUUGUUCCUUGCACACUGCAUAUUCCAAAUAAUCCUGGAUCGAUCAAUCAACAAUUUAGACUUUCAUCUCAUGAUAUUCCUUAUGGCAGCAUCCAUUUUUGGGAAAAACUAUUAUGCUUAUAUGCCUAUAUGGUACCGUGUGUAUUUUUAACAUUGGGUGCUCAAUUUGCUAGGCCCUCCCUGUCUCAUUUAUGCGCUUCUUAUGUACUUGCCUGAAGCAACUGAUGUUGCUAAUGCUGUCUUGGAUGGCAGGUCUUUCAACAUCUUGAAUAAUCUUUGAAAUACAGAGUAUAUUUUUCAAGUUUAUGCAUCUUAGAGCUCCUCCACUUUCCUCUCACCUUCCCCUGUAUUUCACCCAUUCAAACACAAACAAGUGCUUCACUUUCAUCUACUCCCCUACCAAACCAUUCAACCAAACAAGAGCUAAAACAAAAGCUUCUCAAUGCUUUUGGCGCACAUAUGCUGAAGCUUCUGAUAAUGAUCUACCUAUAGCGACAUUUUUCUUUGAGAUGUAAGUAUAAUCUCGUUAUAUAAAACUUCAAUUUGUAUAUUGAUCAAAAAUUUAUAUUUCUUCAAGAAUUGUGUCAUUUUAUUUGUUCACAAACUUUGCAUGACAGAUCUGAAGCAUGGGUAAGCAGCCUAUUUUGAUGCAGACGUCAAUUGGUUAUUUGUCUUUCAUAUUUUAUUUGUUCACAAACUUUGCAUGACAGAUCUGAAGCAUGUGUUCUUGUACAUUGUAUGAGAGGAAUAAACACGUGUGAAUGCUUGUUUCAUUAUACCUCUCUCAGUUGAGGGAUAUGGGCAUGAUGUUGGUUUCAGAGUCCAUUUUAAAUAUUAAUGAAAGUGAAUUUGUUGAUUAGUAAAUGGUAUUGUUAAAUGCACCAAACUUUUACAAAUAAAUCAUAGUUAAAUGUUUGAUUCAAGCUUUAAAAGUUAUCUCGACUUUCAGGUCCCCUAAUUACUUUAAGACAAUUGAAACUGAAGGUUGGAAACUUGCACAAAGCUAUCAACGGGUGAAAGAGCGUAUGCGAGAGAUUGAACUAACUUGAGGUUUUUCGGCAUUCCCCAGCUAUAUGGAAUUUCAAGAUUUUUUGUCCUCUGCCCUUGUCAAUUCCCAGCCGAGUCUUUCAUCCGUCCUUGUCCCAGUCGUCGCCUAAAUACUCCAAGAAGAGACGAAGAAGGUUGAUCAAGGAUGUCAUGGUUAUGAUCAGCGGUGACAAAAGCUAUGGAAUUCGGAGAAAACGGGAAUAUCACUCGCAAUCUACACAGCUUUGUAGUACUCUAAGUGCUAAAAGAACACAUGUAUUAAAGAGGAGUUAUGUUAGUGUUGUUUUUGGAACCAUUUUUGGCUUCUUAAUUGGGGUGACAUUUCCUCCACUUUCAUUAAUCAAGGAAAGAACAUGUUUCCCUUAUAUGAUUACCAAUAUUCUAUUUUAAGAUGAUUUUGUUUAGUGGCUCUCAUAACUCAUCAGCUGGCUUGCUACUCCAACUUUGCAGCCAUUUGUUAAAGACUCUCUCAAUGUGGGUUCUAUCGUAGAGAGAACUGACUUGAUAACUACUCAAAAUGUUCAGUAUUCUACAAAGAUUUGGGCUUCAUCAAACCCUAGGGGAGCAGAGAGAUUGCCUCCAAAACUUGUUGUCUCUGAGUCAGACUUGUUUCGUCGUCGAUUAUGCGGUGAACCAAGUGAGGACCUAGUUACUAGACCAAAGUAUUUGGUAACAAUAAGUGUUGGUUAUAAGCAGAAGAAUAAUGUUGAUGAUAUUGUUAAAAAGUUUUCAGAAAAUUUUACUAUUCUUCUGUUUCACUAUGAUGGUCGAACAACUGAAUGGGAUGAGUUUGAAUGGUCUAAGCAGGCGAUCCAUGUUACUGUGACUAAGCAAACAAAAUGGUGGUACGCAAAAAGAUUUCUACAUCCAGACAUUGUCUCUCCAUAUGAAUACAUUUUUAUAUGGGAUGAAGAUCUAGGCGUUGAGAAGUUUGACGCUGAAGAAUAUAUCAAACUUGUCAAGAAACAUGGAUUGGAGAUUUCACAACCGGCAAUGGAGGGGAGUUCAUCAUCGUGGAAAAUGUCUUGGAGAUUAAAUGAUCGCGAAGUUCACAAGAAAGAGAAGUCAGGAUGGUGUAAUGAUUCUCAUUUGCCUCCAUGUGCAGCAUUUGUGGAAAUCAUGGCUCCUGUUUUCUCUCGUGACGCAUGGCGUUGUGUGUGGCACAUGCUUCAGAAUGACUUGGUGCAUGGUUGGGGUCUUGAUUUCACCUUUCGAAAAUGUGUUGCGCCCGCACAUGAGAAGAUUGGAGUGGUUGAUGCUCAGCCAGUUCUUCAUAGAAGAGUUCCUUCAAUUACGAAUGAGGGAAUACAAGAGAAUGGGAUGCCUGGUUGGCUCAUGAUUCGAACAAGAUCUAUUGUGGAGUGGAAAAUGUUUGAAAAAAGGGUAGCAGAUGCGGAAGAAGCUUAUUACAAGUCAAAUGGGAUUGACCUUUACAACUUCACAGCUCUUAAGAAGGAAAUAACUAUCAUUGACAAUUUGGAAAAAAAAGCAAAAUCAAUCAUGAACAAGUAUAGGAUGGAUCCUAGUCAUGUAUCCUAAUAAUACAAUCUUACUUAUACAUAUAUUCAGAAUAUAAUGCACAUUUUACGUUCUAGGAAGAGUAAGUGAAUGAAUAAAUCAAUAAACAAACAAACAAUUUGAUCCAUGUUGUAGUACUGUAUGAAAGACCGUGUGGAUGAAUAAAAAAAUGACCACAUUUUAG